UACGGCCGCCUCUACUCGGACAGCGCGCGCCGCGUCCUCCUCGGCCGCCUGUGGCGCCGGCUCCGGGGCCGGGCCGGCGAUGCCUCGGCCGUGAUGGCGGCGCUUGCCGGAGUGUUCGUGUGGGACGAGGAGCGGAUCCAGGAAGAGGAGCUGCAAAGAUCCAUUGAUGAGAUGAAACGGUUGGAGGAAAUGUCAACUGUGUUUCAGAGCCCUGGGGUUGAGCGCCACCCUCCAGAAUCAAAAUCCCAAACAGAAGGGAAUAAAGAUUCAGGUGGCAAAGAGGCACCAUGGGAAAUGGUGAUGGAUAAGAAACACUUUAAACUGUGGCGGCGCCCUAUUACAGGCACUCAUCUUUACCAGUACAGAGUUUUUGGAACCUACACAGAUGUGACACCCCGGCAGUUCUUCAAUGUUCAGCUAGAUACGGAGUACAGAAAAAAGUGGGAUGCCCUGGUAAUCAAGCUGGAAGUGAUUGAGAGGGACGUCAUUAGUGGUUCCGAGGUUCUUCACUGGGUAACACAUUUUCCUUAUCCAAUGUACUCACGGGAUUAUGUUUAUGUUCGGCGGUACAGCGUGGAUCAGGAAAACAAUGUGAUGGUGUUGGUGUCACGUGCUGUGGAGCACCCUAGUGUGCCGGAGUCUCCAGAAUUUGUAAGGGUCAGAUCAUAUGAAUCCCAAAUGGUUAUCCGUCCCCACAAGUCAUUUGAUGAGAAUGGCUUUGACUACUUGUUGACAUACAGCGACAAUCCCCAGACUGUGUUUCCUCGCUACUGUGUUAGUUGGAUGGUUUCCAGUGGCAUGCCAGAUUUCCUGGAGAAGCUGCACAUGGCCACCCUGAAAGCCAAGAACAUGGAGAUCAAAGUAAAAGACUAUAUCUCAUCGAAGCCUGUGGAAAUGGGCAGUGAAGCCAAGGCCACCACACCAUCUUCUGAGCGGAAGAAUGAGGGUAGUUGUGGCCCUGCCCGGAUCGAGUACGCUUGAAGGGCUUUGGGAUAAGAAGGGACAGGCCACUUCUAGCCCUGUCUCGGUCCCUGUCACUCUGCUACAGAACAGGGACACGUACUAGAAGACGUCUGCUAUAACCACCAGUGCAAGAUAAUUCCACAACUGGUGUCUGGUUUCACUCAGAGCUGCCUUUGCUCUCUGUCAAAACGAAGGAGGAGGCGGCGCCCAGGGGUGUUGUCCUAUUCUCAGGCCAAGCGCUCCGCAGUUCAGUAUCCCAGCGCUAACCUGGAGCAACCCGUGCCAGGCCAGGAGGGGCGACUUGUUUCUGCUUCCUCUGAAUGGUUUCCUCUGCCAACAUUCCAGUUCCCACCAUCAGUUCUGCAGCGUUUGGACUACUUUAGUCUGAAGGUCCAACUGGAAAGUGAAGGAGGCCCGUUGAUGGUUCAGUGAGGGGUCUUUGGGAGUGCUCUUGGUACUGUGAUAGUCCUGGUGGUGAAUGGAUGCGAACUGUUGCUUGGCAGUGUAAGUGCCUUGUCCUCACCUUCUAUCUUUAGGAACAUAAAGUUUGCACCAGGAAGUUUCUCUCUUCGCUUCCCCAAUACCACCCAUUGACUAUCCAAAGCCAUUUCCUUUGGUCUGGCCGGUUCUACAUUCAUGCACUAU